AUGUCUCGACCGUACGGAACUCCAGUUGGCCAAGAUCAAGGGUACUCAUCACCCGGGAAUUACAAUGGUCAUCCCCAAUCCGGCCAGCGUGGCACAAAUUAUUCGACCCCAACUGAGAUCUACCCAAUGGGAACCUCGCCUGGAGCCUGGAUGAAUCCUCAAUUGUCAGCUGGACGGACCCCGAUGGCGCACCCGAUUCAUGGGGCCCUGCCUCAAGCCUCCGAUUGCUCUCAUGGUCACAGUGCCUCACCCCGUGACUUGCACUCCUUGCAAUCAGCCGGACGAUUCCCUUCUUCCACCCCUGACUCUCAUGCCAUGUACUCGGGUCAGAUUGGGCCGCGCGGCCCCCACCCCAAUCUGUUGUUCCUUGAAUCCCCAUCCGAGCAUCCCACUUCCUGUGUCCAACAGUUGUCGCAAGACCAUCAUCCACCGAGUUUGCAGUACACCUGCACUUCUCCACUCGCUGGCCCAAUCAACUGGGGUGCAAACCCUGCUGCACGUCACAACCCUCCACAAAAUCCAAACUUCCUUCCCAGUGGUCCUAUGUUAUCGCCAAGCCUCCCUCCCCCUGUGAACUUUAGUCCGACUUCUCAACCUUCCAAACCGGCCCCAAAAAAGCGGGCACCCCGGAAAAAAGCCGCGACACCUUCUCGUCCCAAUGGGGAUGCUCCAUCUGAUCCGAGUCCGCCUACUCCUGCUGUGCCACCCCCCCCACAACCACCAGCUCCCUCCGAAGAAACAUCGCCUAACGCCCAGCGGGCACCGACAACACCCUCUAUUUUCCAGCUUCCACAACCCGAGACCCCGCCUGCCCCUCGUCGUGUCUCAUUCCUUGAUGACCCAGAUUCGUCAGAUGCAGCCCCUCCAGCGCCCAGGAAACGCGCCCCCCCAGAAGUCAUGGAACAAAUCCAAAACGACUCGCUAGACAAGCUGCGUGCCCGAGCUGCCAGAUAUGCCGAGUAUCUUUGUUUGACUGCUGAUGAUAAGCUUGCCCUUGAGGAGGCGUACCGUCAGUAUCAGAGCCCCAUUUACCACGACAAAUCAAUUCCAUUUCAGGAUCGAAUGGUCUCUUGUGGCGAGCUCUGGCGUCUCCUGGAUUUUGAUACACAGGAUCAAUGGCGAGAUCAAGACUUUCUCGAUACUAUAACCCCCCCGGACUCUGUUGCAUCAGCCUCCGAGGACUCGCCCGACGCCGUUGCCCAAUGGAAAAAGCGAGAGCGGUUCAAACUCAAAAUGUGGAUCCGAAAGGUCAAACGGGAUCUCAAAAACUUGAGCGUGUCCCAUCAGGUUGAGGGCUUCUUUGCCAUUGCAUCGCGUGACCCUCACAAUCCCGAACUCAUCACCGGAGGUAGCUUCAUUGGUGAAGAGUUCCUCGACGUCCUCGAAGGGGGCACCAACACUUGCCAACUGUUCUACAACUUCGUCAACGGCCAGCAAGCAGUCAAGGCGAUCACUGGUGCUUAUCCCAAACCAAGUAACAAGCGCAAACGCCGCUCUGGGAAAGAUCCCGAAGACGGAGAUUGUCCACAUGACUUAGGUAGCAAGCUUGCAAAUGCUGCUGAGGUUCGAGCAAAACUCAAGGAGGCCUUGUGCGAAGCCACUGGUGGAGUUUGGACCAAAGGAUGGCCCGGUACAAAAACUGAGCAAAAGCUGCGUGACCUCGACGUUACUCUGCAGGUCCUGCCGAACAGCAAGGGUGUUGUACCAGCGGACUUUUGUGCUCGUCCUUCAGACAUGCGGAUUGCGCGGACUCGCCGCAUUCUGACGGCCUUUGCAAACGGGUGGGUCCGACUGAUUGGUCCACCUGCCGAGGCCUCAGACGAUAGGAUUCGUUCUCUUGGGCACAAGCCCGACUCCGAAGACCCGGACGAAGCCCCCCGUAUAACUGUUCGGCUUAACAGUACCCAAAUCACAAGUGAGCAUCACUCCAGAAACGGCGUGAAAAGAGUUGGCCCCAAACGACCUGUUCGCUCCAAGGCAGGUAAGGCUAGUUGCUCAAAACGUCCUCGCAAGACUAAGAGCCGUAUCUUUGAAUCAGAAGACGAUACAUCAUCCUUGGAAUCGGAUGAUGGAGUCGCUCCCAAGCGCCGCAUGCUGACGAGGCAUGAUCAUGCCCUCAUCAACUCGACUGGUAUCUUCCGGGAGGAAAGAUCGGUGACUCCUACCACUCCCUGA